GGGACAUUCAUCCGAAGUCACGGAAUGAAUGUGAGAAGUAGUGACAGACUGCAGUGAUUUAGUUUUGUAGUCUUCCUGCUGCUUCCAGUGGACGAGUGUUUGACAUUAGUGCACUGUAACACAGUAGUGCUAUUUCUUCACACUAAAUAUUUAUUUUGUUUUAAAGCCAGUUUCGUUAUUAAACAUACUGGAUAUUUUUUAAAAUAUCGAAAAUUUUGGUUUAUUGAGAAGCUACGGGAUGGUUGUACCUUACGUCAGUUGAUAUUUCAAUUAUUCUAAAGUGGACUUUGUUGAAAUAUUUAUAUUUUAUUCAGAAAUGGGAGUGGUAACACACCAUAGUACGCAAGUCCUAAUGUAAUUGUGAGGGGAAGUCGGAAGUACAGCUUUUAGGGUGGGGCGCGACGUUAUACACUCAGAAGUGUUACAGACACAAUAUACAACUCUUCUCUACGUAAUAAAACUUAACACUGAAGUUGUGUGACAUUCUAUUGCUUCUAGCAAGUGAUAGGCCUAUUUCAGGUCAACUGAACUCGCUCGUGAAAGUACUUUACGUGUAGUUUUACAUUUCCUCAGAUAAAAUAGGGUUACCACCAGAGUGCAGUGCCAGAAACCAGAGUUUCAAAUACCAAACAGAGGAGCAGCGAAACUUCAAGACGAAACACUUCACUAUUGCUGGAACUUGCACUGACAUCAUUCACCAGAAGGUUCCACGUUCGCAAGAGAAAAUGGCACCCAAGUUACUGAACAUUCUGUUGCAGAGAAAUGACAGCAAUAUUGAAUGGGGGUUCCAACUUUCAGGUGGAAAAGAUCUGGCGAAACCAUUGAUCAUUGUCAAGGUGCUGCCCUCUACGCUUGCUUCCCAGUACUUCGUUCCCGGCGAUAUAGUUCUGGGAAUCCAGGGCCACAGCGCCAGAGACUUGCUCCACAUGGAGGCCGUAGACCUGGUGCGCCAGCCCGUGAAGAGUUUGGAGCUGCUGGUCCAAAAGGCAGAGCAUACUCCGGCAAGCAUAUGGGGUCCAGAGCCUGUUCUGAAGAGACCAGCUGAAUGGCUUAGGCAGUCACUGUCGCCAGCUACAAACGCUUAUCCCAAGUUUAAAGUAGGAUACAGACCAACAAGUGUACAGAACAAUCAUUUUGACGCUGUCAGCCACAGUGGCCUCCAGCAACAGCCAUCAGUAAGGGCUGCUUACACACCCACGGCCCUCGACAGCAGACUCACCAGGAAUGGAUUUGAAACCCCCGGAAAGAUACCACAGACAAGACAUCAGGCGUCCUCUGCAAUACGACAGGUAGCCAGUGACUUCAAUCAGGCAUUUACUACGGACAUAAGUCACUAUUGUGAUAAUACACAGUAUUUAAACUCUAAGAUUCCAAAAGGGAAGCAUAAUUUACAAACACCGCGGGGAAGUUAUGAAAUGAGUUCAGAUACACCAGAACAAACUAAUCACAUGUAUGGAUAUCAACUUCAAGAGAGAUUUCAAUACACAAACAAAUCAGUAAGAUCAACACAUCCUCAGAUGGCUCAAAAUGUACAUCUGAAGCAGGAACAUAUUCAAAAUGACCCUGAUAACCCUAACAGAAACGUGGCUGAAAAUACGAAGGAGCAACGUAGCAGAGAUGCAGGAGAAUGUAAGGUUAGACCUGUAACGGAGAGGCCAAGAAUUUCAGCCACAUCUGAUAUAUUAAAGAGACCUAUUUCUCCUGAAUUUACAACCUUCCCAAAUAGCAAAAGUAACAGCUUGUUAAAGUUGGUCUUAAGUAAAUCCCUUUUAAAUUAUUCUCCUCAAGAUUUUGAAAAAAUGAAAGCAUCUGUUGCGGAAACUUCCGACGAGAGUGAGGGCGCUGAAGACAGCGACACGGAGGAGGACGAGGAUGUAGGCAGCACGUCAUGUGACUCCUCUCUCGCCACAAGUGGUAGCGCCAUAUUCGAGAGGUACUGGGUGGCCGAAAAUGAAGAGGGAGAGUUAUCGGACGACAGUGAACUGCGACAAUACACGUCUCCUCGUUCAUUGGGCAGGAAUAGCAGCGCAACUUCGGCGUCAUCCCUUUUCUCAGACUCAACAACCUCUACUUCAGACAAUUAUACGGGGUAAGGAGUGUAAUGUAUUGUAUUAAGCAUUGUUGCGAGUGUGACCAGCCCAAAACAAUACUGUCCACAAGCACUUUGCACGAACUGAGAGAGACGAGAUAAGUUUUGCAACAACGGACACUAUUUCCCCUUUCAGUCGCCGAGUAAAUGGCUUCUAACACUUCUGACGCUUAUUCUGGAAGUCCUUAGUUAGGGUUUCGGCCGGAACACCUGGUACUGAGGAAAACCUGCCCUGUACAGCGAGUAGUUAUAAGGCGGUAUAGCUUAAUCGGUAUAGCACCGGGCUACGGACCGGGAUAGCUCAGUCGGUAUAGUAAUGGACUACUGCAUGGACAACCGGAGUCCGUUUUCCGGCAGGGGCAAGAGAUUUUUUCUCUAUUCCACAGCUUAGAGACCGGCUCUGGGGUCCAGCCAGCCUGCUAUCAACUGAGUACUGAAGAUUUUUUCCUCGGGGGCAAGGCUGCCGAGGCGUAAAGCUGACUACUCACCACCACUUAGUACGAGGUGAAGAAUAGUGUAGCUCUACUUCGUCUCUGUCCCCAUAUGACUUUCAUUUGGGAGUCAGUUGAGUAGCGGGAUAUUCACCGGACAGUAACGAUAUGAGCACAGAGGCUGAAGAAACUUCAUUGUUAAGA